AUGGCCGAGAAGAGGAGAAGCUCGCCCUGCAGCAUGCUGAGCCUCAAGGCUCACGCUUUCUCGGUGGAAGCGCUGAUCGGCGCCGAAAAGCAGCAGCAGCAGCAGUUGCAGAAGAAGCGGAGGAAGCUGGGCGGAGACGACGCCGCUACAGUCGCCGAGGGAGGCGGUAGCGGCAGUGGCGGAGGCUGUGAAAAGAGCUCCGUGGAGGGAGCUGAAGGCGCCUCUCUACCGCCGCCGCCAGGGGCCGGAGCCGGGGCUGGCGCGGGGUCCCUGUCUGCCCGUAGCUGCGCGGAGAUGGAACGGACCUGCGGUUCCCGAGGACCUGCCGGCGGCUGUGAAGACGGUUUCCAAUCGGGAGCUUCCCCAGUCGGGUCCCCGGGAGCAUCUCCGAAAGGAUCUCCAGUUCCUCCUCCAGCCCCUCUCCCGGCCCUGCCUCGGGCCGGGUCCCCUUUACCUUCCCCACAGGCACCACGGGUGGACCUUCAAGGCGCUGAGCUGUGGAAACGUUUCCACGAAAUUGGCACGGAAAUGAUCAUCACCAAGGCGGGCAGGAGGAUGUUUCCAGCUAUGAGAGUGAAGAUCUCUGGUCUAGACCCACAUCAACAGUAUUAUAUUGCGAUGGACAUUGUGCCAGUGGACAAUAAGAGAUACAGGUAUGUUUAUCACAGCUCCAAGUGGAUGGUGGCAGGUAAUGCUGACUCACCUGUACCACCCCGAGUUUACAUACAUCCUGAUUCUCCAGCUUCAGGGGAGACUUGGAUGCGGCAAGUGAUUAGCUUUGACAAGCUGAAACUUACCAACAAUGAAUUGGAUGACCAAGGACAUAUUAUCCUUCACUCUAUGCACAAAUACCAACCACGUGUGCAUGUCAUUCGCAAAGAUUGUGGAGAUGAUCUUUCUCCUGUCAAGCCCAUUCCUUCAGGGGAAGGAGUUAAAGCAUUCUCAUUUCCUGAAACUGUCUUUACGACUGUCACUGCCUACCAGAAUCAGCAGAUUACACGACUGAAAAUUGACAGAAACCCAUUUGCCAAAGGAUUUCGAGAUUCUGGCCGUAACCGGAUGGGUUUGGAAGCUUUGGUAGAAUCCUAUGCAUUUUGGAGACCCUCUCUUAGGACUCUCACAUUUGAAGAUAUUCCAGGAAUACCGAAACAAGGAAACACAGGCUCAUCUACCUUACUUCAAGGUUCUGGAAAUGGAGUUCCUACCACCCACCCUCAUCUUUUAUCUGGUUCUCCUUGUUCUUCUCCUGCCUUCCACCUUGGGCCAAACACAAGCCAGCUAUGCAGCCUGGCACCUGCCGAUUAUUCUGCAUGUGCCCGUUCAGGCCUCACCCUCAACCGGUACAGCACCUCCCUGGCUGAAACCUACAACAGGCUCACUAACCAAACCAGUGAGACCUUUGCUCCACCAAGGACUCCCUCUUACGUUGGAGUUACCAGCAGUACAACUGUGAACAUGUCCAUGGCUGGCAACGAUGGAGACACGUUCAGUUGUCCGCAGACCAGCUUAUCUAUGCAAAUUUCAGGGAUGUCCCCCCAGCUCCAGUAUAUCAUGCCCUCGCCGUCCAGCAAUGCCUUUGCCACCAACCAGACCCACCAGGGCUCCUACAACACUUUUAGGUUACACAGCCCCUGUGCUUUGUAUGGAUAUAACUUCUCCACAUCCCCCAAACUGGCUGCCAGUCCUGAGAAAAUUGUUUCUUCCCAAGGAAAUUUCUUGGGGUCCUCUCCGAGUGGGACCAUGACUGAUCGGCAGAUGUUGCCCCCUGUGGAAGGAGUACACUUGUUGAGCAGUGGGGGUCAACAGAAUUUCUUUGACUCUAGGACCCUAGGAAGCUUAACACUGUCAUCAUCUCAAGUGUCUGCACAUAUGGUUUGAUGGAGACUUUAAGUCAAAAUACAAUUAAUUUUUUCUAGUGUACUUUCUGUUCUUAGCUAUAUGGAAGGACUAUCAUUUUGUGGCUUGUAUAAUGUGUAUAUACAAGAAGAGGAAGGUGC